AUGUACAAACCAUUAAAGGGUAGUUCAUAUAUGAAACUUCCAGGGGACAUCAGUAAUCCAAAGUGUGGGCUCAUCAAUAUGAAGAACAAUGACGACAUGUGUUUCAUGUGGAGUCAUGUGAGACAUCUGAAUCCUAAGGCUAGAAGAGCAACCACUAUCACACAGAAAGAUAGGGAAUUCAUAACGAACCUGGACUAUAACGGUAUAGACUUCCCUGUGAAGAUAAGUGACAUUGAUAGAAUUGAGAGGAAAAACAGUAUCAGCAUAUCUGUGUUUGGUUAUAAGGGUAAGAAACAGUUCUACCCUAUAAGGAACUCCAAGGCCAAAUAUGAGGAUCAUAUGGAGCUUCUACUCCUGGGUGAUGGCGAAGAUAACAACCAUUAUGUGCUCAUAAAGGAUGUAAACAGGAUGCUCUUCAGUGUAAGUAAACAUACACAUAAGAAGCACUUCUGUCUACACUGUCUUCAUAGUUGUGUGAGCAAAGAGGUACUGGAGAAGCAUAAGGAAACAUGUCUGGAGGUAAAUGGAACUCAGGCUGUUAAGCUUCCCAAGGAAGGGACAAAAAUCAAGUUCAAAAAUCAUAGGAACUCAAUUCCUGUGCCGUUUGUGAUAUACGCCGAUUUUGAGUCCAUACUAGUACCAGAGGAGAAAAAAGUGGAGUCGGAACACUCUGAGGAUGAAAGUAGUACGGACCUUUACCAGACACACAAAGCUUGUAUUUUUGGUUUGAAGACAGUCUGCCACUAUGAUGAUAAGUAUUCCGGUGAGUAUAAGAGUUACGUUGGAGAGGAUGCUGCAUUGGUCUUCUUAAAGGCUGUAUUGAAAGAGUCAUUAAGAUGUAGAGAGAUGGUUAAAAAAAUAUUCAAGAAAAAGAUGGUAAUUACACCAAAACAGGAAUUCGAAUUUCAAGCUGCAAGAAACUGUUCAAUAUGCAUGUGGUAA